UUAUGACAAACAGUGUACUGGUAGCUUAAGGAGAAAAAAGCAAAGUAGUUUUGGUAACAUUCGGUCGCGUAAUCUGACCUGUUUCGAGAUUUUGCUGCAGCCAAUUUUUAUAUACAGGACAAUUGCAGAGCUAGUGCUACGAUAGAAUUUAUUGGUUAGUGCUACCGAAUGUAUCCUUCCUGACUGGGGUUCGAAUAUACGAGUGGAGACCAGCGUUUUACCCUCUCAACUGCUCGAUCAGGUGUGAGGAGAGCGGUAGUGUAAACAUGCAAGAUCUCAGUCGUCCUGAUCAAAAUGAAUCCCCAAUUUCCAUCGCAUCAGCCUAAUCUGUACAACAUUGUUCCAACACAAUUGUCACAACCUCUUCCGAUACCACCCACUGAGGCACCGGUUGAUGUUAGUCAGGCUAAUUUAACUAAGGCCCAGCGUCGUAUGUUAGGGGAGAGCGAAGCUGCUCGAGCAAAACGUUUGGCUAAGAAUGCCGAACGCAUGAGACAAAAAAGGGCUACAGAGACCUACGAUGAGUACAAGAUUCGAUUGGCCAAAAAUGCCGAAACCAACAGGCGGCGAAGACAAAAUGAAACAGAAGCAGAGCGUGCCUUGCGUCAUAUGCGAAAUGCCAUGAGACAGAGACUGAGAAGAGCCAUGGAGACACCUGAGCAAAAGGCAAUUCGGAAAGCAAGACUGGCACAACGUAUGCGAGAAAUACGAGCAAACGAAACACCGGAGCAGCGUAAACUUCGUUUAGAAAAAGGUGCUGCCAGGGCAAGACAUAAAUUCUUGUCUGAAACAUCUGACGAAAGAACAGAACGAAACCGAAAAAAAGCUGAAUAUGCACGUACGUUUCGUAACACAAAGCAACAGAAUCAGCCGGAUCAAAUAGAAGACCUGGCGACAAAAAGUGCAACUCAAAGUAGUUCUGAUAUCAAGUCGGAGCAGGCUGCUACAAAUUCUGUUAAUCCGCUGCAACAGGUUCAAACUUCUGUAAAUUCAGAUGCAGCUCUAGGUAGUAGAGAACAGAACUAUCACUCUGUAAAAAACUACCCUAUAAACUAUCCUGAAUUCGGGGCAGCAUUCCCGACGUUCUUUAACUAUCCACAUUUAAAAAAUGGACAACAAAGUGCUUACAGUCCGGUAUAUCCUACACAAACGUAUUACCCGGAAUUAUCCGUUCCUCCGCAUUACAUGAAGAAUGAUCGUGCUCCGUACGCUACAGCAAAAGACACGGAUUGCCCACAAUUUCAUCCCAAUCCUCUAAAGGAAGCGCCACAAAAAAAUUGAUCUGAGCACACGAUGCCGUCUACUAUUACUACAUUACACACCUACGAUACCGAAUAUUCCGCCGACUCUGUAGAAUGGUGUCCCCACAGUCCGCAUCGGCAUUUGUUUGUGUGUGGAACAUAUCAACUGGACAAGGAUGAAAC